AUGAUUCUAUCAUCAUAUAAGAACGUAGUAUAUUUUCGACCACUAACUAACGGGAAAGAUCGACAAAAUGUGAAUGAUUUUUUGAAAGUGAACAAAUUGGACGGCCAUUUUCCUACUAACGGACUUUUGACAAACCCUGAGCAAACUAGAAAUAAUCAACCAAAUAAAAUCAUUUUACUUCGGACCAAUUCAAGAGAUGUAGGAUUCCAAUAUAGAUUAUCGGAUGAACAAGAAACACCUUGUGAAAAUCAUCAACAACAAAUAUCAAAUUAUUCACCGAUGGAAUCUUCACAUCAUUCAUUUAAUUCAUUUAGUUAUCCAAAAACAGUAAACAAUUUCAAUCAAACUAUAACGACAUCGAAUAAAAAAUCUUUUGAUGAUCAAAUGAUUCCAUUGUUUAGAUCAGAUGCAACCACAAUAUAUUCAACCUUUUGCAAUAUCGAGCAAUUUGAUCAUAACAAAUCACGACUUCUUCAAUAUAUUGAUUCAAAUAUCAUUGGUAAAAAUAUUCGAAUCAAUACUCCAUGGGGAUCUCGAAAAAUGAUCUAUGCUGAUUAUACAGCAUCUGGACGUGGUCUAACAUUUAUCGAACAUUAUAUGUUGAACAACGUCUUACCUCAUUAUGCUAAUACACAUAGUGAUAAUAACGCAUGUGGACGACAAACUACGAAAUUUCGUGAAGAAGCACGAACAAUGAUUAAACGAUAUGUCAAUGGAACCAAUGAUGAUGUUGUUAUUUUUACUGGAUCAGGAUCGACAGCUGCGAUUAAUAAACUUGUUCAUGUUUUACAACUGAAUGAUGAAGAAGUUCGAAGUAAAACUGUUGUUUUCAUUAGUGCAUUUGAACAUCAUUCAAAUAUUUUACCAUGGAUAGAAUCAGGAGUUAAAGUUAUACGUAUUCCUAAUGAUAAGCAAGGUCUUAUUGAUGAAGAUUUUUUAGAAAAUCGUUUGAAAUAUUAUCAUAAUAAUAUUAAAAAACAGAUUAUUUGUACAUUUAAUGCUGCUAGUAAUGUAACCGGUAUUCAAACUGAUGUUGAUCGUAUUUCAAGACUUGUUCAUCUAUAUAAUGGUUGGAUUUUUUGGGAUUAUGCAGCAGCAGCACCUUAUGUUAAAAUUGAUAUGAACCCAUCCAAACUUACUUAUAAAGAUGCUAUUUUUAUUUCUCCACAUAAAUUUGUUGGUGGACCAUCGACACCAGGUAUUUUAAUAGCUAAAAAAACCUUUUUCACCGAUCGAGUUCCAUCCGAUGUUGGAGGUGGUACAGUGAAUUUUGUAACUCGUACACGUAUUGAAUAUGUAACAGAUAUUGAAAGACGUGAAGAAGGUGGAACACCGAAUAUUCUUGGUGCUAUUCGAGCUGGUUUAGUUUUUCAUUUAAAAGAAUCAGUUGGUUAUCAUGUAAUCGAAGCACGUGAACAUGUAUUAGUCAAAAAAGUUUUUGCACGAUUUCGAAAUCAUCGAACAUUAAUUAUACUUGGAUCAACAACUAUUCCUCGACUAGCAAUAUUUUCAUUUCGUAUUUAUGUACCAUCAUUAGAUAAAUAUAUACAUCAUAAUUUUAUUUGUGUAUUAUUAAAUGAUUUAUUUGGUAUUCAAGUACGAUCAGGAUGUUCUUGUGCUGGACCUUAUGUUUUAGAUCUACUUGGUAUUGAUGAUAAAACAAUAGAUAUUUAUACAAAAUUUAUUACACAAGAGGACAAUGAUCGACUUCAUGGAAUACCUAAAAUUGAAUUAAUGAAACCUGGAUUUGCCCGAUUUAAUUUAUCAUAUUUUGCAAAUGAUGAAGAAAUUGAUUAUAUUUUAAAUGCAAUUGAAUUUAUUGCAAAUGAUGGAUGGAAAUUUUUAUCAUUGUAUACUUAUGAUGUGAAAACAGCUGUUUGGCGUCUUCGUACUAUGCCAUCAGAAAAUAAUUUUUCUCACUUUCAUAGUCUUCAAAUGGUUACAUAUCAAAAUGAUACAAUGGAAGAAAAUAUUUUACAGCAACAAAUGGAAUUUCAUAAUUCAAAUUCUUCUCACUUAAUGAUAGAUUCAUCUUCAUCAGAUGAUCCGAUCGAACAAGCUAAAUCAAUGGCAAAUAAUAUAUCAAAAUAUGUUUAUGAAAAUGUUGAUCUUCGAAUGGAACCGCCAAUAAAUAUUCCAGAUGAAUAUAAAGAUUUGAUUUGGUUUGUUACAUCUAGAGACAUUAUUCAAAAAAUAAUCAUUGAUUAUGAACAAAAUCUAAAAACUUAUUCUAAACCAGUACCAUUUCGUUCGAAAAUGUAUCAUUAA